AUGAAGGGUAGUAUAUCGCCAAGUGGAGCAGGUCACCCAGAAGGUCUCGCUCUCAGAAAAGAACCCCCCCCCCUUUUCUUCUCCACUCAUUUCUUCACCCUCAGCUUCCUCGAAAACUUCCCUCCACCACCUCCCCUUGAGCUGAUAGGGGACCCCCCGAACAACUACCACGUUACCAAGCUCCUGCGACUUCCCCCUUCCCUCCAGGAACUUCUCUCCUGGCUCUUCCGGCUCUCUCUGGACCCUCCGCGCCAUGGCCUUGAUGCUUGGGGUGUUGAUCUGCGCCUAGUCUGGGCCCCUGCGAUUAUCCGUCCUCCCACGUUCUCCCGCCACGAGCGGUUCAACGGUCGCGAUUCUCGAUCCUGA